AUGUCGGUCCCCAGUCCACCCUCCGCUGCCAAUCCGGAUGUGUGGUGGUGGAACGCUGGCUUCUUCAUUUCCGUACACAUUGCUGCCAUCUUAGGUGUCUGGUUAUAUCCAUACUAUGCCGUACAUCGGGCUACCCUUGCGCUCGCUUUCGCUCUUUUCCAGAUAUCAGAGAUUUCAAUCACCGUCGGUUAUCAUCGACUCUACUCACAUCGGUCCUUCAGGGCGGCUCGUAGCGUCAGAGUGUUCCUCGCACUCAUGGGUGCAGGGGCAAUGCAAGGCUCCAUUAAGCGCUUCACCGAUGAUCCUGUACACGACCCUUACGCUGCAACGCGAGGUCUUCUCUGGUCACACAUGGGCUGGAUCUUCUUCAAACCACGCUAUGAUCGCUUAAAGGUGAUCGAGCAGGACGACCUGCGGAGUGAUCCAGUCCCCCUUGCACUGCUGAUUGGAUUUGUCCUCCCACCGGUUGCUGGAUGGCUCUGGGGCGACCCAUACGGUGCGUUUGUCUGGGGUGCCCUCGUUGCGCGGGUUCUCAUCUGGCAUUGUACGUUCUUUGUGAACUCGCUCGCACAUUGGGAUGGUCUGCAGCCCUACUCUGAUGAGAACACAUCGAAGUCCAACCUUCAUGCUUUCCCCCACGACUACCGCUCGGGACCCUGCCCCUUUGACUGGGAUCCGUCUAAAUGGGUCAUUCUUGCCCUUCACACCCUUGGCCUAGCCACGGGCUUGAAGCGCGCUCGCCCAGACGACGUUAGCGAGGCCCUCAUAUACAUGGCCCACAAGCACCACGCGCCCCUGAACUCCGAACCGCCCCAUUCCUCCGAAUCCAGCUCAGAGGAUGAGGAGAUGUGGAAGGGAGCAGUCUGGACAUGGCAAGAAGCGGCGGGCUACGUCCGUCAAGGCAGGGGUGCAGGAAGAUGCGUACUGGUCGUCGAUGGCUUCGCUGUAGAUGUAACAGGAUACCUUGGCGAGCACCCUGGCGGCGCGACUCUCUUGCGUAAACACUCCGUUCGCAUCGGCUUCGAUCCAACGAACGCGGAUGAUAAGACCUGGCAGGAGGCAGAUUGGGCUUUCCACGGAGGGUACAACAUCCACACGCGCGCGGCGCACAAGCGCAUGCGCGCGCUCAGGGUGGCGAAGAUCUCGGGGCUUGACAUUGUCAAGGAUCGGUCUUCGUCGAUCUGA